CGGUUGUUUUCGUUUGUAAGUGCUCUUUCAAUAGGUCGGUUUCCGUAUGAGAAUCAAACAUAGAAUCAAGCAUUCACCAUUCACUGAAUGCAGAUAUCGUACUGCAUACAUAUCAACCUACUCAGCCUUCGCUUUUUUGAUCAUAGCUUUUGUUACUCCAUACUGGUUACAAUCAUGGCCUAGACUUCAUACACCUUUUAUCCGCUUAGGAUUGUGGGAAUUUUGUGUCAAUGGUUUUGUACAACGUCUAGAUCCCAAUAUGAUUUCUUACUACGGUUGCUGGUGGAUUCUUUCUCCGUAUAUGCGAAAAAUAUUCACGGAUUUGGUUCCAUGUACGUUUAACUUACCUAAGUAUUCAUCGUGAAUCGGAUUAAUUUUAGUUUGGUUCUUGAUCAUCCAAGUUAUGGUGACAGUAUCUCUUUGUCUACAGAUAGUAGCAGUGGUCACUCUUAUUGCGUACAUGUGUAAAAGGAUUAGACAUGUGGAACGUCAGUCGUUCUUUAUCUCGUUAAUUACAUUCUGUCAUUCUUGCUCAACAAUUUUAAUAUUUAUAUCAGUGGUUAUUUUCGGUGUGAAUUAUCAAACAGAGACUUGGAUGCCUUAUCCUACAUUGAAUUGGCCAUCUUGGUCAUAUGGAUUUGCAAUUCUUUCUGGUUUCUCUUCAUUACUUUCAGCUGUUUCAUUUGGUCUAUUCAAUAAAGAAUUACGUCGAGAUAUUCAAACACUAGUAUUAGAAUUUCCAAUGAGCACUAAAAUUAAAACACGACGUCGAUGGAAAUUAAUAAAACGUCAUUGGCCAGAAGAAGCUUUACCAGUUAAAACAACAGAUGAGGCAAAAUCAACAUUUCUAUCAGGACAAAAAUAUCAUUCACGUUCUGAUUUAGAAGCACCAAUAGGAUCUAUGGAGAGAUUUAGUGAAGAAUAUAGUUUUAGUGAAAGUAGUGGAAAUAAUUUAGUUCGUGAUAAUCGAAAAAUUAAAAAUUAUCAUGAUGGUAAUCGACAAGACUCUGAAAUUUAAAGAGUAUAUACUUUAUUCAUUGUAAAAAAGCGUCUAAUUUAAUUUCUUUAUAAUUUAGUAUUUUUUCUAACGAAAAUAUAUCUGUGUUAUAACUUGCA